AGCAGGAUAAUCUCCUAGAGGUCUGAGCAAAUCCUUGCAUCCUUAUAGUGUUAUUUGUCCUUUACUUCCUAUUUAUCUACGAAAUGGCAGCGCAGAAAAUAAACGAGGCACAUGAACACAUCGCCAAAGCGGAGAAAUGCUUAAAGACAAGCAUGACCAAGUGGAAGCCGGACUACGAUGGAGCUGCUUCUGAGAUGGCCAAAGCUGCUGUGGCUUUCAAAAACGCUAAGCAGUUUGAUCAAGCAAAAGAGGCGUACUUGAAGGAGGCAGAGUACCAUACAGAAAACAAAGCAUUGUUCCAUGCUGCAAAGUCAAUUGAGCAAGCAGGUAUGAUGCUGAAGGAUAUGAAACGACUCCCGGAGGCUGUUGAACUGAUUGAGAAAGCCAGCGUGAUGUACGUAGAGAACGGAACAUCAGGAACCGCAGGCAUAGCUUUGGACAGAGCCGGCAAACUUAUUGAACCGAUAGAUCUGGAGAAAGCAGUGGACUUGUAUCAGAAAGCUGCAUCUGUUUUUGAGAACGAGGACCGGCUCAGACAGGCUGCAGAGCUGCUGGGAAAAGCGUCCAGACUUCUGGUGCGACUGCGCAGGCUGGACGAAGCAGCUGUCUCUCUGCAGAAAGAGAAAAACAUGUACAAAGAGAUUGAAAAUUAUCCCACUUGCUUCAAGAAAACCAUAGCACAAGUGCUGGUCCAUCUCCAUCGGGGUGACUUCGUAGCAGCGGAUAAGUGUGUGAAAGAGAGUUACAGUCUUCCUGGGUUCAGUGUCAGCGAAGACUGUGUUUCAAUGGAGACGUUACUGGCGGGUUACGACGAGCAAGACGAGGAUCAGGUUUUCCGUGUGUGUAACUCACCUCUUCUUAAGUACAUGGACAACGAUUAUGCAAAGCUGGCCAUCUCCCUGAAAGUUCCUGGAGGUGGAGUGAAGAAGAAGAAAUCUCCCAAUGCUCCACAGGGGAGCGCUAAAGGAGCGCCGGCUGCAGAGGACGAGGACGAGUAUGAAGGUGGACUGUGUUAGGUUUAUCUGGGAAACGUCAGUACUUUUGCACUAGAGAGAAAAAGAACGAUGGAGAAUAGGCGAGAGUAUAUAUUCCUGAGAAACGGAGUGUACGAGACUAACAAAACAUAUAGAUGUGUAUACAGUAUACUUUGUGACAGAGUGGAUGCCCUGCAAAUCCUGAUGUUUUCCGUGCAGUGUCUCGACUCUUGAAAUCUCCCUGUACUGAGGAAAAAACCCAGAAAACCUGUUUACUCAAAAUUCACGUAUAAUGUUAGCAUGCUAAUGUGAAACACUUGUUUUUAUAGAACACACACAUUUUUCACUUUAAUGUUUAUUUUUUUAAACCUCAUCUCACAGAGCAUCCGUAAAGGUUAAAAAAAAAUGCGAUCGUGCUUUAAUAACGUAUAAAUACAAUAAAUACGGAUAAUUUAUCGUAUUUUAAAUUGUUGGAAAAUGACUUUUGGUGUUUAUAGACUUUCGUUCAUUUCUGGAUUAUGCUACGAUCUCCGUUUUUAAGGUUUACCAGGUGCCAUUUAGCCAUUUUAGCUAUAGCAUAUAGUGUGAGUUUUCAGUAAAUAGGUUUUCUAGGAUGCCGAAACUUUGGUCUGAAAAAUAUGCUCUGAUCAGAAUAAAAAUACUGGAGUAUUCCUUUAAAUAAAUAUAAAAAAACAUAACCUAAAAGCUAUUUUUAUCUUGUCAAAUAUUAGUUGCCAAAAUGUCUUUUAUCACAUACGUGUUAAAGUUACUAUGUUAAAACUAAGGUAUUGUUGUGUGUAUGUUGCUGUUUUAAAUAGAAAUUUGUAAAACUGUGAAUAUCACAUUGUUGGUGUGGUUUAUGCAGUCAUAUGUAUGAUGUGCUGUAAAGUAACUUAUUUGUUGUGUUCUUGUCUCUUCAGAGUUCAGAGUCUCAACUUUCCCUUUAAUGUAUAGCUAUUAGAAAAAAUACAGCGCAGAAAUGUGUAAUAUUUAGAAGGAGAGCUAACCUUAUUACUGAUGAAUACUUUAAACGUCUCUUUCCAACAUUAACUGAAAAGAAAUAGCCAUAUAAAAAGAAAUUUAAUAUAAACUAAUGGUGGGAAUUCUGACUCUUUUUAGUGACUCAGAUUAUUUGAUUCAUCUCAUAAUAUGAGUCGACUCCCAACCGACUCCCGAAGUUUUUUCUCCGAUAAACCUCCCAUAAAAAUUUGCAAUACUUUUUUAUUAAUUUUUUGCUUAACUACAGCUAAAACUGUUCCCAUCUAAUGAACAAAAUAUUAUUCAUCAGCAAUGUAUUUUUAAAUCUAUUUGAAACAAUUGUGAAUUCAGCAAGGCACUACAAAUAUACAUGGACAACUACAGUAAGUGUUUGUGCGUUUAUGUUGCUUUUUUCCUGUUGUGUCUGUUCUGCAUUAAGAAGAUUAUACGGAUUAACCGAGAUGAUGUACACAAGUUGGCUCUCCUAAAAGGCGUUCACCUAAAAGAGUCGACUCACUAGAUUAACUUCGGUGUGCUGCAAUGAUUUUAGGAAUGAUUUUGAUCAGUUUUAAAUAAAUAUCAGGAUGUUUUUUUUUGUUUGUUUGUUUGUUUUUUGUCCUGACAGAAUAUAUUCAAUGUUUACAGCGCGACUGAUGACCGUCAUAUUGUGACGUGAUGUUUAACACUGUUUAACCGCUUAACACUGAAACCUGAGUGACUUUUAGGAUUAAAGCUGUGCUUUAAAUAUCCUUAGAACUAGUUUUAUUUUUUCAUAGCCAUUGACCGAUGACAUAUAAUCGUUAUUAUAUAUUGAGAUCAGCAAAAACAUGAGGCUGUAGAAUCAUGUGAAACAAUCCUGAUGUGAAUUCUUCUUGUGACUGCUGCGUUCCACUGAUGAUGCUGAUAAUGGUGAUGAAUGUACGCACAGCAAUAAACACUUC